AUGUACGGUCCAACACUCUUUAGGAAAGCUUACAUGGUGUCGGCCAUUUUAUCAUUCUCAGUUGGCAUUGAUGCUCAAUGCUAUGCCGACGCAUGCUACAAUGCACUGUUCCCUUGUCAAUCACCACAGGCGGUGGCUGAUGCUGCGGCAUUCUGUGCAACUUUGACCAAUCGCUACAUAUAUGCCACUGACUUUCCUGCUGAAGCAACCGGAGCCUGUGGCCUUAAUAAGGCUGCUUAUCUUUCAGCUUGCUCCUGUGGACAUACCUGCCCGACCCUAUCUACCAUUACCAGCACGACAUCUCUUUCCACUCUUACCACAAGCACCGUAACGAACACUCCAUCCACUCCGACGGCUACCGUUGUCCCAUCGUCAUCGCUAGUUUCUGUCACUACUAUUACGACUGGGAUUAUAAGCUCAGAGACCGUGACCGACCCCAGAAUCUCAUCCGCCACGUUCUUCUCACUCUCCACCUCAGUCACUACUGAUACUAGCGGCUCGACGGACACGGGUACUUCGGUGUUGACGCCGUCGCUGGUUUCGUCUUCUACAACUGUUGACAUUACCACAUCCACUAUGCUCACAUAUUCACAGUCUAGUGUAUCAACUAAUACGGCAACGGUUACAAGGUCUUUAGACCCCACCACAACUUCGGUCACAUUCACGCAGACAUCUAGUCCGUCCGUCGCAACAAGUUUAACAGGCACAAGCACUAUUGUCAUUAUUACAUCCGUUAAUAGCACGAGUACCUCUGUUACCGCCGUCGAAAGUACGAUUUCAAGUCUGUCGACUAUCACAUUUACGUCAACUGGCACAACGGUGCCGACAAUAUCAACUGAAUCGGGCACGCAAACAGUGACUCUCAGUCAGACGUUGAGUUCAUCAAACACGCAGAGUACUUCUUCAACUACUUUCGCAUCUCAAAGCACCGGAACGUCUACUGUAACCCUUGGAUCUACAUCUUCCAAUACAGUUUCAGUAUCAAGUGGUUCGAGCACUAUGACGAUCACAUCAGGCUCAUCACCAACGACGACACAAACAAGAUCAUCUAGUAUCGGCGGACAGACGACUUCAACAAUACCAAGCUCGUUUUCAUCGAACCCACUGACACCGACUACGUGGAGUACCAUCUCGACUGAAUCCACAUGGUCAAGCUCUUGCACAGAUGGUGCUGAUAAUCCCCCUUCAACAUCGUCCGCGACAUCCAUUCUGUCGAUUAACGACCGUACGACUACGACGAGGUCAACAGCCACAUCAGGACCUCCGUCAACCACCACUGUGGCGCCAACCUGUGUGCCCGCACAAAACGUUGGGGUGAUGAAUGGGGAUUUUGAGGGCACGUUUGCGCCUUGGUACUUUAACGUCGCUGAACCCUUCGUCUCAGAGUACGGCACAGUACGCGAGGGUGCCCAGGGUUCAUGCACCUCGUUCCACGUCUCGCUGCGGCGGACGAGGAAUACGGACGACCAGCGGCCCGGCUUUGAGCUCAUCAGUCCGCUCUACGACGUCGAUCAAGGGGCGAGAUACGUCUUUUCUUUCUGCGCCAGGUUUUUGUACCGCAACACCGCUCGCAUCAGCAUCCAGGGGAACCAGGUGGACGCCAACAUGACGAGCAUCGUCGCUUGGCAGCAAGAUUCCUUGUGGAACUGCUACAAGGUCGAUUAUACGCCGAGUGUCAGCUGGGUCGAGCUUAUCAUUAGUUUCAAUCUGGACAGGGCUGAUCGGAACUCGUUCUGGGUUGAUCGCAUCCAGCUGGCACCGGCUCCUCCUGUUUCAACUACUGCAUUCCCUGGAACAACAGUCACGGCAUCGGCGGUGGUAGCUACGACGAACUUUACCCUGUCGGUCUUGGACGCUACACCUACGGACUCCUCGACUGUUAUCCCGCUGACUUUGGGAACCACUUUGACGACUGCCUUGUCUUCUACCGUUUUGGCAACUGUAAAAGCCACGGCGGUGCCAUGA